AUGGCUAAACGAAAGAAGGAACAACCUGCAACGGAUCAUUGUGACGAGGAGGCUUCUGAACCACAACAAACAGCAAGCUCUUCCUCUACCGAUGAAGAGAAGGAGACGAAAAAAGUGAAAAUGACCACCACACAAGCAUCAUCAUCUACUUCGUCUUCCGAUGAUGAAAAUCCAAUUCUCACCAAAUUAAAGGAAUUAGAUAACUGUGCUAAUUUCAAAACCAUACAGGAAUUUGAAGAUGUUUUCACUUCCAUCACAGAGUAUCUAUUUAAUCAUGUUGAACUGGUGGUGAAAGAUAAGACCUUUAGACUUGCCGAAUUGGAAUAUUAUUAUACUUGUCCACCUGUUCAUAAUGAUCCCUUUAGUCAUUGUCAUGAAAUACAGGCUACAAAGGGAGAAUGGUAUUUCCAUCAAUCACUUGCCAAAACAAAUGAUAAUAAUUACAAAGGCGGAAGUUAUCAAGGAUUGGAUCUCUCUAUCGGUUGCGGAACUUUCAAAGGAGGAGUCUUGAUCAGAAGUUUAUUGAAUGGAGACAAGUUGAUUGAAGGACCUUCCUUAUGUGUGGAUGCAAUCAUCAACACGUAUGAUUGUAAAACCAUUCAUGAAUUUGUUACAAAGCACUUUCCCAAGCAAAAACAUUUUGCUGCUCUUGAUACCAAAUCAGCAUUCUAUUUGAAGCCAAAGGAAACACCAACUUGUGAUAAAUUUGUGAGAAGUGGACGAGUGGGAUUAACAUUGAAACAAAAAACAAAUGAAAAAGAAAGAGCUCAAUACAUCUUUAAACCUUAUAGACAUUGCUUGAAGCCAGAAAAGAUGAAGAAAGGCAAGCAUUUAAUGGCCAUAGUGCUCUAUAAAGAACUGUUGGAUAAAGGUGAAACAGACGUUGUAAAGAAGGUUGAGAAACUGAUUGGCUCAUCUGGUCUCAGCAAAUAUUUUACAAUUUUUGAAGGAAAGAAGGAUGGCGCAUUUAGUGCAGUGAGUGACAUUGAUCCAGGCAAGUUGACAGAUUACACCAAGGAUUUGAAUACUCAACAAAUAUAUGAGCUUGCUGGAAUUCUUAGAAAUGUGUACAUGUAA